GAGUCCCCAUCAAUGAAAACGGCCAUCUUCUCUGUCUCGAGCACAAGAGACGAAUUGAAGCAGAUAUGGCUGACUACUCGAACGUGGCUCCGCCGUCCUCAAAUGCUGGUGGUGGAAUGAACGACGCGUUUAAAGACGCACUACAGCGAGCACGACAGAUCGCUGCAAAAAUUGGAGGAGAUGGUGUGACUCCUUCACCUUCAACCAACGAAUUUGGAUACGGUGGCCAGAAGAGGCCCUUAGAAGAUGCCGAUGACUGUUGGACAAGUCUGAACAGUAGAGGUCACCGGGAGGGAAUGAACUCUCCUUUCUCAGACCAACCAGAAACAAAAAAGGUGGCACCAAAUGACCCAUUUUCGGCAGCAAUGGGUGGCAUGGGAGGAAUGGGUGGUCCCUCAAGAUCGUCUUCAGAGGAAUUCAAGGUCCCUGAUGGAAUGGUUGGAUUCAUUAUUGGAAGAGGCGGAGAGCAGAUAUCCCGCAUGCAACAGGAAUCAGGCUGUAAAAUACAGAUUGCCCCCGACAGCGGAGGUAUGCCUGAUAGGUCGGUGACAUUAACCGGAUCCCCCGAUGCCAUCCAGGCUGCUAAGAGGCUGCUAACAGAGAUCGUGGAGAAGGGAAGACCAACGCCUGCGUUCCACCACAAUGAAGGACCAGGCAUGUCCGUCCAAGAGAUCAUGGUCCCUGCCUCCAAAGCUGGCCUGGUGAUCGGGAAGGGGGGAGAGACCAUCAAGCAACUUCAGGAACGAGCCGGCGUGAAGAUGGUCAUGAUCCAAGAAGGACCGCAGAACACAGGCGCAGACAAACCUCUCCGGAUAUCUGGAGAGCCUUUUAAAGUUCAGCAAGCUAAAGAGAUGGUGAUGGAGCUGAUCAGAGAGCAGGGAUUCAGGGAGCAGAGGGGCGAGUACGGCUCCCGGAUGGGAGGGGGAGGAGGCGGAGGAGGAGGUGGCGGCGGCGGCAACGGUGGAGGAGGAGGAGAAGGCUUAGAUGUCCCGGUCCCUAGAUUUGCCGUGGGUAUCGUGAUCGGACGAAACGGAGAAAUGAUCAAGAAAAUUCAAAGCGACACAGGUGUUAGGAUCCAGUUCAAACCAGAUGACGGCAGCACGCCGGAGAGGAUAGCUCAGAUCAUGGGACCUCCCGACCAGGCCCAGCAUGCGGCGGAGAUCAUCUCCGACCUGCUGAGGAGCGUCCAGGCUGGGGGGCCUCCCGGCCACGGGGGCAGGGGCCGGGGUCGGGGCCAAGGCAACUGGAACAUGGGUCCCCCUGGGGGCCUGCAGGAGUUCACCUUCACUGUCCCUACCAUGAAGACUGGCCUGAUCAUCGGCAAAGGGGGCGAGACCAUCAAAGGGAUCAGCCAGCAGUCCGGGGCCAGGAUCGAGCUGCAGAGGAACCCUCCGCCCAACGCUGACCCCAACAUCAAGAUGUUCACCGUCCGGGGCUCACACCAACAGAUAGACUAUGCCAGGCAGCUGGUCGAGGAGAAGAUUGGGGGUCCGGUCACACCAAUGGGAGGCCCUCAUGGGCCCCCUGGCCCCCCCGGCCCACACGGUGGCCCGUCCCCACACGGCCCCCCUGGGCCUCCUGCUCCCAUGGGCCCCUACAACCCAGGCCCCUACAACCAGGGACCACCAGGGCCACACGGUCCUCCUGCUCCGUACCAGCCUCAGGGCUGGGGCAACGGCUUCCCACACUGGCAGCAGGGCCAGCCAGACCCCGGUAAAGCAGCCGCAGAUGCCAACGCAGCAGCCUGGGCAGCCUAUUACUCCCAGUACCAGCAGCAGCCUCAGGCCCCCAUGACCCCAACCGGCGGAGCCCCGGGAACGGCACAGACCAACGGCCAAGGUGACCCGCAGGCUCCAGGUCAGAGUGGACAGGCAGAUUACACCAAGGCCUGGGAGGAAUAUUACAAGAAAUUGGGUCAGCAGAGCCAACAGCCACAGGACUACACCAAGGCAUGGGAGGAGUACUACAAGAAACAAGGCCAAGCCGCUCCCCAGGCCACGGCGGCAGCAGCGGCUACCCAGCCAGGCGGCCAGCCGGACUACAGCGCUGCCUGGGCAGAGUACUACCGCCAGCAGGCUGCCUACUACGGCACGGGGAGCCCCCAGGCCAUGGGCGGAGCCCCGCAAGCCCCUCAGGGCCAGUAAUGUGAAGUGGACAUAAAGUAAAUGCUACAUUGUCGAAACAAAUCCUUUGUUAAAUGUUUGGAUGCAGACGCCUUGAUGAAGAUCUUAAUUUCCUUGGUUUGAAAAGUGUUUCACAUAGAUGGCAGAUUCCCCGGAGAACAACUUUUUUUUGCUUUUUUUCCCUUGUAAAUGAAUGGUUUGUUUUUAGUGAGGUUAUAAUACAUAUGGUCAUUCCAGCCUUGUAUCGCUAUGUGGUUAAAACUCAUGUUUAAUAACUGUAGUCAUUACCAUGUAAAUCAUCUCAGUUUUUAAAUGAAAUGCCUGUUGUGUUUUGCAAUAAAACUAAAUGAAACCUUCUGUGUUGGUAAGUUGGGGAAACAGACGAAUGGGUAAUUUAAAAAAAAUCAUGUACGUUUUUGUUUUAUCUUUGGGGAAGUAGGAAGUCUAAAUGCAGGCCAUCUCUCUUUUUGACUGUCCAAAUUUGCUGACUGAAAGUUGCGCUAUCCUGUCUCUGUCUCUCUCCAACUGUCUACAAGGCUCCUGGUUAUGUUGAAGUCGUGCAGAUCUCUCGAGUGGUUCAGACCUUUUCAAUUUCCCUGUCGUAUUGACAUUGUGAUGCACCUCGUCCUCAUUGACUAGUUAUAGGCGGAUGUGUCUUAUAGGAAGGCUUAGGGUUGGCAAACGUAUGUUACUCAUGCAUUAACUGCAGUUGUUUGUGGCAUUCUGUCUCAUGUUUAGCCUGGAUUUCUGACUGAGGUCGUUUUUUUUUUUUUUUUGUAUUGCAAUGCUAGUCAUUUCCUCCCUAACAGGCAAGUUUAGAAAAGGGGUAAGCAAGAAGUUUUAACGUGUUCGCCAGAAAUGUUGUCGCAAAAGUGAUGCAUAUAUAUAUUUUUUAGUGUUUUUUUUUUUUUUUUUUGCUGCUCUUUUUCAGGACAGGUAACUUGUUGCUGUAUGAAACUUUCAUUGCAUUCAAGUCUGUUUUCUCCCCCAUAUCAAAAUGUUUCAAAGCAAUCCCAAAUGUAUAAAUUUGCUGGAUUUGAUAGUUUUUAUAUUCCCUAAAAAGAUGAAGUGGUUUUUUUGUUGCUCUGCCCAUUGUCUUAGUAUUUAUCCAGCAUAAGAACAUAGGUUUGUAGGGUCGGGGGUGGCUAAGCGGUCCUGCAUCUGUGCGUUGAGCCCUCCUAUACUGUAAGUACAAAUACUGUGACUUAAAGAAAACCAAGUUCCUGUUUUGAUGUGUUUCCUUGAGCAACUGCAAAAAAAACAACAACUUAUAGUGUGUCAAAUUACAAUUUCCCCCCAUGUUUUGGGUAAGUAUCAUUAGAGGCAGAGUUCUUUUGAAAUAAUUUGCGAUUCUUGAAACGUCAAUGUCUUUUUGACUGAUAGGACUGUUACACCCCCUCACCCUUUCUGUUUUGCAAUGCUUUCCUAACCUGUACUGUUUAGGCUCUGAAACCAUAUAGUAUGUUUCAUUUUUGCAUUGUAGUUUAUUGUUCUAGACCCUUCUCUGUAGGUAGGAAUGCCAGUCGGACUGUUCUUUUGUGAACUCUGAACUGAGGUCCUCCAAUAUGUAAGCAGUGUUCUCAAUUCCAACAAGUUAACCUGCUCUUGGCAGAAUAUUUCACUAUUGAUAGGCAGCUGAACUAUGAUAGAUAAAUACAUUUUAACUGCUUUGUGCCAUUUUUGCUAAGACGGCAAACGGAGAUCGUUGAUUUGUGUUCGACAAAUGCCAUUUUGUUUGACAUUAUUCCGAAGUUGCACAGUAAUGUUUAUUGAUGCUGUGUUUCAAGCACUGUUUUAACAUGGCAUGUGAAGGUUUCUGUUAACUGAUGUCUAUUAUCAGCAUGUGGAUUGUCAGUAGAUCAAGUGCUUCAGAUUAGCUAAAAUUGAUGUAGAUGUGCAAUUCAUCUUUCUUGACAUGCCAGUCGAAAUGAGCACUUGUAUUGAAGGCUGUUGAAUUGAGUCAAAUGAAUGACUUUACCUGUUGACUGAUGGCAAACAGUGCAAUGUCUGAUCUUUGCAGUGUCAUCCCAGACCUUGCACCUUAGGUUCUGCUGCAAUAACACAGGUAAGCGAAACCUAAGGAACAGUGUUUUACCUGUGAUCCAAAAUAUGACCUAUAUUACAUGCCCAAGAUGCCUACCCUGUGUAGUUACAUGUAAGAUGCAGCUGUGCUUAGCAUAAGUCAUGUCCAGGAUUUUGAUUUGAUAGCCCUAUUUAGUGUGAAUUACUUGCAUGAUAAUGCAUUAAUGCGUCAUGUUUUAGACAAUGCAAUACAGUUUAGGUCUCCAAGCUGAGUUAGCCCAGUCAGUAUAGUAUUUCACUGCAGUGUCAGAGAUAUUUGUGGUGCAUUUGAAGGUAUGUCAGUAUUGCCUAUGAUUUGUGCAUUCCGGUAAGUCUUGCAGUGUGUCGAUGAUGCAUUUAGUUCUAGUCUUGUUCCUCUGUAACAUGAUUUAGAACGUACUGCAUGCAGUGCUGGUCGGAGACCAGUAAAUGUGCAUUCUAAUGAGUCGAAACAGUCAAGUACAUAUGCCCAUGCUGUCAAAUUGGUGUGAACUUGUCUAUGCCCCACAAUGCAGUGCAAAUACCUUUCAAACUGCUGCCUUCACUUCUCACUCACAGUGUUGGAGGAUGCUGCAAGCGUAGGUCAUAGAAUCAGGCCUGUGGUAGUUUGUCCCCUAAGGAAGAAUCCUUUGAGUCUAUCCCACUGCUGAACGUAAACCAUUCGAGAGCUCCAGUGAUAAGGUAAACAAACAAAAAAGCAAAGCAAUGCAACUGAAUGCAGAUUUCUGUGAUUGCAAAAGUACAUUCUGUGACUUGUCUUUCAAACCUAGUCUGUUGAUUUUUGCCAUAGAAUUUUGAUAGCUGUCUGAUAGCUUAUUUUCAUAUGUCAUGAUUCUCUUGAAUGCCUUUGCCACUCUAUCAUUAAUAAGGAUUAGAUAUGACCGUGCUUUAGAAAGUUGGAUGAAGACCAGGAACUGUUGUACCCUUUGUGGCUUUCAAUGUCAUGCUUUUCACUACCGUUUGGCAGUAAAUUGGAUUGGUUUCUUAACAACAAAAACAGCAAAUGAGUCCCUGCUAGUUUAACACGUUUGCAUAUUUCUAUAUGCGAUUGAGAUGCUCUCUCUCCCUCUGAGCUAAAUGUUUCAAGACAGAGUUCGUGGGGGUGUAGAAGACAAAACAGAAGGGAGAAAUUUGGAGCAUGCCUUAGAGGUAAACAAACAAGGUUUUCUGUGCUGUGUAUAUUAUCGAAUGUAUUUUAAUUUGAAAUUAGUUUUGACUUCUGCAUUGUUGCCACGUCUAUGAAUAAAGUUGUAGAGAUUUGA